CUGCCUGUCAGAUGUAUUAAUCGAACGCCGAGUACAGAGCAAAAAUGGCGGAUGACAAGGAUCCUUCGAAGCAACUAAAGGAUCUAACACAGCUGAAAAAGCAACUUCAGGAGCUCCGGUCUAGAGUUGAGGGCGAAAUUUCAGCAGACACCCCUUAUGGAGGUUCUGGGCUUGCUUCUCCACUUCUAAAGGGAUUUGUUGCUGGCUAUGUGGUGGCCAAACUCCGGUUCUCUGCUAUUGUGGGAGUACUGCUGGGGACUGUCACGGGUGUGUACGCAGCACAGACCUAUCAAGUGCCCAACAUAGAGAGGACGGUAAAGCACUUUUUCAACAAAGCAAAAACGGGACCAAAAGAAUAAAUCUCACAAGGAUUUCUAUGGCAGAGGACAAUAUGCUGCCUAACAACGGACAUGACAGACGAGUCAUCUUAAGGGGCACAAUGGAACAACUGGAUUGAACUGGACUCAAAAGAAUUUUUAUUUUUAUAUAUUUUUUUAAGUUUUGUUAUUUAAUUUUACCUAUACUUUUCACAGCUUGGGAAAACUGUGUUGCCAGCUAUCUGACUUUUUAUCAAGAACGCCAGACCAAAUUUGAUCAAGAUCUAGAUGCAGAAUGAUAGACUUGCGUAUUACCGUAUAUUACAGCUACUUGAACUAUAUUAUGUUUUCUUUAAGAGCUUU